AUGGCUUUAAGUGCCAGUGCUGCCACGGCUGCCCUCUCCACACUCAACGAUCAGGGUCUGCCCGGCCGUCCCUUCAUCUGCACGGGGUCAACGCCCUUCAACACCUUCUGUGCCCGCACCCAAGGCAUUCCCUCUCCAUGCCCGUGCUCCCUUCCCUCCCCCCUUACAGAUUGCGCUCUCUAUGGCCCUCUCUGCCGGUGCUGCCACGGCUGCCCUCACCACUCUCAACGACCAGGGUCUGCCAGGAUGUCCCUUCAUCUGCACGGGGUCAACGCCCUUCAACACCUUCUGUGCCCGCACCCAAGGAUUUCUCGUUCUGUGUUUCCUCUCCCCACCCCCCUCUUCCCCCUCUCCACACCUUUCCUGCAGAUCGCUCUCUCUAUGGCUUUAAGUGCCGGUGCUGCCACGGCUGCCCUCACCACACUCAACGACCAGGGCCUGCCGGGCCGUCCCUUCAUCUGCACGGGGUCAACGCCCUUCAACACCUUCUGUGCCCGCACCAAGGCUGCUGCAGCCAUGGCUCUCAUCUCUGCUGCGUUCUUCCUGCCCUCGCUGCUACUCAGUGGCGCUAGACUAGCGUCUGAGUACUAUGAAGAGGAAGAUUAG